GACAGUCGGGUUUGAGGCAUUCGUGUCGGAUACGGACUGGACGCCGCGAUCGGACCUUUCUACACACUUGGCUCAAGCUUUUGUUGAGUUUUCCUGAGGCUGAAUCUGCGCUUGGUGAGGAUAUACUGUAGAAGUAAGAAGCACGGAAAGAAUGCAUGGGUUACCGGUCGCUCAAGCUGGAUGCUGGACAAUCUUUAUGGUCGCAGAAAUUCGGUUUUUAGUCGGAUUGCGGAUUGCUUUUUUUUUAGCGUGAAAAAAGUGAUGCGCAAGUCAGGUACACCAGAGUGGCUAAAUUCAUGGAUUCCUUGCAGACAAUCAAACAAUAAUUAAUGAUUUUUGGGACAUAUAUCAGUGGGAAUUUCGAACUAUAUUUUCCGAAAAAACAGGGGAACUCAUGAAGGAUUUACAUCAGGUGGGAAUUGCGAGGGACUUUCAAACUUCAGAAUGAAGCUGAAAUCUUCAAGGUUGGGUUAUCUGUUGCUCCAAUUCAUGACGCUGCUCUUUUACACCCAGACCACCAUGCAGUCCGUGUCAGUGCCCAACUUCAAGCACCACGUAACGGAGCACAGCCGCCUGUCCGACCGCAUGAGCCGGAGGUUAACGAGGACCUAUCAGCUGUACAGCCGGACGAGCGGGAAACACGUUCAGGUCCUGGGGAACAAGCGGGUGGUCGCGAACGGGGAGGACGGGGACGCACACGCCAAACUGGUUGUGGAGACGGACACGUUCGGAAGUCGGAUUCGCAUCCGGGGCGCAAAGACAGGAUUCUACAUCUGCAUGAACAAGAAAGGAAAGCUAGUUGGACGGAGGAAGGGCCACGGUAGGGACUGCAUUUUCACCGAGAUCGUCCUGGAGAACAACUACACGGCGCUCCAGAACGCCAAGUACAAAGGCUGGUACAUGGCGUUCACCCGCAAGGGGAGGCCCAGGAAGGCCACCCACACCAGGCAGCACCAGCGAGAGGCCCACUUCAUGAAGCGCCUGCCCAGGGGCCACCUGCUCACGGAGCGCAAGCCCUUCGACGUCGUCCCUUAUCAGCUGAACAAGAGGACUAAACACAAUCAUCGGCCCGGCGUCAACUGAGCGCACUGCUAAAGCCGGGAGACAUUCCCCCUAAACCUCUCCAAUCCUAAACCUUCUGUACAAGAGUAGCUUGAACAAUCACAAUGGAAGAGAAAAUGGUAUAUAUUUUUAGCGUAUCUAAUUUAAACGGACAUUUACGAGACUGAGAGACUCGUGAGGAGCUGAAGGAACUGGACAUGGACAACGUUUUUUAUUUUUUCUUUCUUUGGAGAAACUACAAUUCAAUCCCGACCAUCGGAAGAGACUCUCUGAAGAGAUCCAAUCAACACAGCAGCUUAGAAACUGUUCUUGACUUCGGGAAAAAAAGACUGAAGUGACUGCAGUGCUAAAACAAUUAGAAGGAUUUGUCAUUUUGGUAACGUUAUAAAGAGGAGUUUAUCUCUGGGAACAUUAAUUAAUGCUACAACACAACUUGUUAAAUGUGGCAGCUAUUUUAAAGGAUCGAUCAGAAAAGCUAAAAAAAAAAGCUAAUAAAGAAAACAAGCUGACACCCAUCAGCAAUAUGUUAUGCUAACUGGUGGUUAACUGGCUUAGCCACCAGUUAGUCACAUGUUUGAUGAAGCAAAUUCGUUAGGUUCCUUAUGUGUUCACACAGCAGGUAAAGUGGCUCAAAUCUCAGUUUCCCUGCAAACCCAAUGUUUUUAGGCUCUUAUUUUGACCUAUAUCUGACAUAAGUUGUAUAGGAGCGGUUUACACUCCUAAACUCCAACGCUUCACCUGAAGUUUUGGUUUCAUAUUCUCUUCCAGUCUGAACAACUUUAUCAGAAGGGAAAAUGGACAACAGCAGUGAGGCAGGUUUUCAGUAGUGGGAUAGUAAAAUAAAAGCAAGACAUUCACUGAAAAUCCCAUUUUCUCACCAAUUACACUGUUUUUCACAUGUUUCAUUGUGACCUAUAUCCAACAUUCAUCUGCACAAUUUAAGGCCCAAUCCCAUUUCACCCCAUGGCCCUACCCCACGUAGGGGUGUCCCAAAUGUCUUUAGACUGGAGGGCUAGAGGGAAGGGAUAGGGCUUGUUAGCCCUUCAUACAGAGAUUUUCCAGAUGCACACUUCAAACGAGGGAUAUUAGAAUCACUGGUAGGAAACCCGCAAAUGUAAGUAUUUUCCUUGUUAAAAGUGACGAUUAGCACUAUUUUACCAUUGUUUAAUGUGUAGAUUUAUGUAAUGUUUUAUGGCCAAAUUCUUCAUGACAAGCAUAAAAAAGAUCACUAGCUAGCUAGCUAACUUUACCUUUCCACCUUAAAAUGGUGCAAUAGACAGCAGGGGCUGCAGCAUGUUUCAUUUUAACCUAUAUCCAACAUUUAUCUAAACAAUUUAUGUUUUUAAACUCAUGCACAUGUGCAAAAGAGCAAAAUUUCACAUGAAGUUUCGGUUUCGCUAUUUCUUUAAGUGUCUGACAGUUGUGGUAGAGAUUGGAUUCAAGUUUGGCAUGUUAUUCAGCCACGUUUUUGGUUUCAAACUUUGUUUUUAAGGUUGUAUUAUCUUUGAUGCCACAACAGCAGGAAACUCCUUUGUCCACUUUUGGUCAUUUCUUAAGUUGUGAUAUGUGCCUUUUUUUUUUUUGAGGUCUUGCUUUUACAUCACUUUUCCACCACUGAAAACCUGCCUCACUGCCGUCAUCUAUUUUCCCAUCUGCCAAGUAAGCUUAUGCAAUGAAUGUUUAGUUGGAUUGGCAUACAUUUUGCAUUAAUUCACAUUAAUCUAGCUGUUCAUAUGGUGAUGUAUUAUUGUGAAUUGGAUUUUAUUGGAUAUGUAUUAGAUUCAGUGUGUUUUUGCCAUUUGCUCUGCCUCACAAAUGACAAAACAAUUGGAUUUAGGUAAGAUAGCACUUUUACCUGCUGUGUGAACUUAGCCUAAGAUAAUCACAACCAUAUAAUUAAUUAAUCGCAACCUUUUUUCACACUUAUGCAAACACUCAGCAUUGCCACCACGGUGCUACCAAGGGUUUUUCAGACAUGAACAGAAAAACUGGUUCUGGAUCUCUCUUCUCCAGAAUUGUUCUCCUUCAUUCAACCAUUGAACGACAUUGUUUUUAGUGAACCUAUUUAAGUUCCCACAAGGUUCUUCUCUGUCAUCAUUUCAAGCGAACCCUUUUGCAACUUUAUUUCCAAGAGUGCAGAUUUGUUUUUUAAUGAAGCCUACAAGGAUUUACCCUUCGUCUCUCAACGUUCUAUUUGAAUAUCUAUAUAAAUAUAUAUAUAUUUUUAUCAGAAGAUUUUUAAAAUAAGGAUGGAAAUAUUUAUUGUAGAGCGUGUAUUAAAUUUCUGGAAGUGUACUUCUCGGAAAGUAUGCCUUUACAUUUAUAGUGAAUGCUGCAUCUUGUUUAAACGUGUCAAAUAUAGAUGAUGAUUAACUUAAUCCUCAGA